AUGGAGACUGAGAGCGAAAGUCUUGACAUUUCAGGCCUGAAAUGUCAAGUUCUCCAAUCACUCCAGUCGGAUUCAGAAGACAGCCAGCUGAUCAGACAACGGCAGCUGGAUGCAAUCAAGGCCGCAUAUGCAAAGUUACCACCCAUAGAACCUGCCACACGAGUGACGACCGUCACAACGUUGCCGAACAGUGUCCCUGAACUUGCGAGCACUGUUCCCGAUUCGCAAUUGCAACAACCAUCUGAUGCCGACCUUGAAAGUCAACUUGAUCCCCUUCCGCCUGCUCAUGCGCUAAGCAAGGCCAUCUCUAUUGCACAGAAGAUGGCCAGUCAGGGCAGUGAUACAGCAACACAGGUAUUGUCUCCUUCACAUAUUCAGUGUAUUCUGAACAGCCGAAGUCGAAGUGCAAAACAGCAGCAAGACCAAGUGCAGGAUGGGGAUCAGGAAGAAGGGGUCGAGACACAGCUCACACUACAUGAAGGCGACGAAGGCUAUAUCGACAUUGCGUCUAGUAUGUUGUUGCAGCUAGAAGAGGCCAAAGAGAUCGAUUCAGAUCCUGUCGACUUUUCACCUACCCAGACCCAACGUGCGCUCUCUCAGUUUCCUGAAUCACAACGCUUUAAGACUCCGGCUACUGCUGGGAAAAAGAGGAGGCACAAUGGAGACACGGUUGACAGUCCUGCACUACCUCGGAAUCCGCUGCUGCGAGGUGGUGCUGAUGAUGAUGCACGGGUGAUGGGGCUGAGCCAGGCUUUUGCGGCAACACAAGCAAACACUUCACCUUUUGUCGGAGACACACAUGGAGAUUUACGGUCUGACCGCCCGUCUCCAAACAUACAACAGCAACCACGUCCUGUGACUGCUACGAACUCCUCCCCUAUGCGGCCUAUCGUCGCUUUAUUUCAAAGAGCAUCUACGGAACCAGCGGCACGCUAUAUUUCUUCAAAACAGUCGCAAGCUGAGCGGGAACGCAUGGCCUUCAUGAAGCAACAGGAGAGAAUUGCAGACGAAGAAGAUGACUCCGAUGACGGGUUUGACGAUGAACCCAGCUCUGUGGCUAGGGAUCGGAGACAACGGCAGAUCGAGCAGCGGAGGCGAGCGACUUUCCAGAGGCUGUCGUCCCCUCCCAAAGGAUCUGGGCGAGGGAUAUCGCAAUCUAAAUCGUCCCCAAUUCGGUCUCCAACUCGUGGCUCACCUCAAAGUACUCACACGGCACGGCAUGUAGAAAUUCACGGCGACUCAAGCACGACCCGCCCAGUCCAUGGAAAUCCCGGCAACGAAAGCGAGGUGGAAACGGAGCAAGAGGAUAACGAUGAGGUUGCUGUUACGCGGUCGAGUCAAGGGCACGGCAUGUCUGAAGAUGAGGACAAGGAGAACUACUCUGACAGCGGAAGCCAAAUUCCUGAAACUACUGCACGACUCAUCCGCGUCACGACAGAAUUCCCUUCUCAAGUCCAGGAUAGCCCUUCCCUUAGGCGCGGACGAGCAGUAACUGGUACAGAGGGAUCAGCACUACCUUACAGCUCAGAGCCUUUCCUUGUGUCCGAUUCCCAACCAUCACAACCCCUGAGGCUGCGCCGAGGAAAUCAUCCAACAUUGAAAUCCAUCGACAUUGAGGCAGACGUUGAUCUUGUUCCACAAUCUCCGACCGCUUCUCUACAGCCCGCUAGAGUCCCGGUAAUGGAGCUUGCUGCCGAGGACAGUGCCUUUGACCGGAGCGACGAGAAGGCGGCAGGCGCAGCCACUGAUCAUGCCCUUCCUGGGUCUUCAUCGCAUCUACAUCCAGGCAGCACAAUACCGGAAACCAGUUCUGACGAGCAAUGUCAAAAUAGCAAAGGCUCGACAAGACCGGGGGAAAAGCAGCAAAGUUUUGACAGUCGUGGCCAAUAUGAGACUGCCCAAUCUCGGCUGCCGCCAUCAUCUUCAAACCCAGGCCCGGUCGACAUGAGCAGUCCUCCAAUUGCUACUACCCCUCCAGGCCGCCGACGGAAACUCAUGGCUGAGAUUGCAGCUGCACCCUCGCCUCCGAAGUCUCAGGUGAGCUUUAGUGUCAAUGAUGCUCUCAAGCUUGAUCCGAACUUUCAAAGCCCCUUGCGAAAGUUUGCAACAUCUCACCCGAUGAGUGUAGAGGAACCAAGGCCCGCUCCAGCACAAUCCCAUCCUCCAGAGAGGAGUCAGAAUGCUGAGGAGCCACAUGGUCUGGAUCCUACCGAGUCUGCACUGCACGCACGUGGUCAGCGCUCUACAGGUCCCCGCGCCCUUGAGUUAAAGAAUACUGCUCCAGAUUGUCAGGUUACAUCUGGGCUAUCCUCAUCAACGUACCCAAGACAGGAGAAGAACUCUUCCCCCAGACUCAUCGCUACUUCAGAAUCUCGCGCCCAUGCGCCUCAUUCUACGCCCAGACGUUCGCCAUGGGACCUGGACGCGUCCCCUCCUCAGAAGUCCGUGCCAGUGAUCAAAUCAUCCGGUCUGAAACGAAAGGCCAAAGACCUCGAACGGCCCCAGAACAAGGACAAACAUGCACUUACCAAGCGCCUCAAGACAUCCGGGAGCGUUUCCGUCUCCAAGACCAAUGAAGAAGUAAGUCGCGGGAGACAGGCGGCUGAAGACUCCCACGAGGUUCCAGAACUCGCGGCCUCGGGCGAGGGCCAGGUCUCCAAUACGGCGAAGGUAGCGAUUCCUCCCGUGCCCGACACAAUUGUUGCUCCGAACAUGGUAUUUGCAUGUUUCAAUGGCAAAACCCGCGCAUACUAUCCUGCUCUGUGUCUUGGUCCUUCUAAUGCCCACAAUACUCGGUAUCUGAUCCAAUGGGAAGGAUACGACCCUGAUGAGAUUGACGAGUAUGGCAUUCGGAGUCUAGAUCUACGUGUUGGAGAUCUUGUUAAAGUCAACAUGGAAGGCUUUCCCAAAGUCUCGUAUGUGAUACGAGGGUUCAAAGAUCGAGUUACCAAGGACAAUGGGAAGUCUCGUCUUGAUGUCAUCACAGAUAGACAAGGGCACAAGACACUCCUUGUGGCACCGAAGCAGCGCAAAAGUCUACCCACGAGAUUGUCGACUGACAUUGCCAAAGAGGUACCUGUGUCCGCGAUUUACUUGGACAGCAACAUGUGGGGACAGAUGCGCGAUCGAGUGUAUAAAUACAAAGCAGCAGACCUCCUCUCUUCCCCGGGCAUCUCGACACCCCUAGAACGACCUUCGACACCAAGCAGCCCCCCUUCACGAAACCGACGGAACGUGGCCAACAUGAUACCAUCAAUACCAUCGGCCAGUUUACCAGUUGCACCGCUGAGCGAAGGAGUGUUUGCAAACAUGGCAUUCGCAAUCUCUUAUGAGGACCGGUCGCGGAAAGCAACACUCGUCGAACUCAUCGAGGCCCACGGCGGUACUGUUCUAAGAGAGUCGUUUCUGGAUCUCCUCGAACCAGACUCGACAGGGUUACAGCUGAAGCCACAUUUCGCCGAAUUGUCCUUCACGGCCCUCCUGACAGAACGCCACUCGCGCAAAGAGAAGUACAUGCAAGCCCUGGCUCUCGGACUCCCAUGUUUGAGCGGUAAAUGGGUCGAAGCAUGCAUCCAGUCAAACUGCCUGGUUGAUUGGAUGACUUAUUUAUUACCCGCCGGUGAAAGCGCCGAACUAGACGGAGCGACGAGAUCACGACUCCUAACUGCUGCCUCCACAGCCAUCCAAAAUACCCGGAAUGCAGAGCACAGCGCCAAUAUGACGGUCAAAGUCAAGGACAUGAUAGCCUCCAGACUCGAUAUCUUAGGCGGAUCACGGGUCAUUAUGGUCAUCGGCAAGGGCAAGGCUGAGGCCCGAAGGAGGCCGUAUCUCUUCUUAAUCCGAGCCUUGGGCACGGGGAAGAUCGACUUGGAACCGGAUGUGGCCUCUGCAAAGAUCAGGCUUGAGGAUUGGAGGGGUUCGGCGGGAGCGGAAGUGGAAGAAAAUGGUGAUGGUGACUGCGAUGACCCAAUCAAAUGGGUUUUUGUAGACGAUCGAGACGCCAGUGCGGCCAGAACGAUGGUCUCUGCAUUUUCUUCAACAUCGACACCGACACCGACACCGCUGUCGCCAUCGCCGUCGCCGUCACCGUCUGGCAUCAAGGCGAACCACAAGGACAAGGGCAAGGGCAAGGGCAAGAGUCGGAAGAAGGCCAAAUCAAGGAAAAAUGAUAGCGAGCACGGGCAGCCCGACAACGACGAACCCCAAGCCAUGCCAACAUUCACUCCCACUCCCACUCCCACUCCCGCGGUCAAGGUCAUGUGCAACGAGGAUAUCGUGCAGACGCUGAUUCUGGGCAAAUUGUGGAUGGGUGGUUCUUGA